CCGUGGUGCUCCGCGGCGUGGCUCGCUCUUCCGGUCGCGGCCUCGCUCUUCCGGUCGCAGGCAGCCGGGGCUCAAAGGGCGGUCGCGGCGGUCGCGGCGGGCGGCGGCGCAGAAUGUUGGUUACCAGGGUCUUUAGCCUAAUUGGCAAGCGAGCCAUUUCCACCUCUGUGUGUGCACGAGCACAUGGGAGCGUCGUGAAGAGCGAUGACUUUGCUCUCCCUAGUUACGUUGACCGGCGUGACUACCCCUUGCCUGAUGUGGCCCAUGUCAGGCAGCUGUCCGCCAGCCAGAAGGCCCUGAAGGAGAAGGAGAAGUCCUCCUGGAGCAGCCUGACCAGGGACGAGAAAGUCGAGUUGUAUCGCAUUCAGUUCAACGAGAGCUUUGCUGAGAUGAACAGGGGCACCAACGAGUGGAAGACCGUGGUGGGCACAGCCCUGUUCUUCAUCGGUUUCACUGCCCUCGUUCUGAUCUGGGAGAAGCACUAUGUGUACGGCCCCAUCCCACACACCUUUGAUGAAGAGUGGGUGGCAAUGCAGACCAAGAGGAUGCUGGACAUGAAGGUCAGCCCCAUCCAGGGCUUCUCUGCCAAGUGGGACUAUGACAAGAAUGAGUGGAAGAAGUGAGAGCCCACUGCUCACGUACCUGUCACUCCAUCACCUCUGCAUCUUUACUGGAAACUGUCAUGUCAAACAACCAGUGCUAAUAAACGACAAGUUACAUGGAA